AAUUCCAUUAUUCAAGAAUAAAACAGAUAGUUCUAUUCUAUAUAUCAGUGUGUGUAAUGAAAGUGAAAGUGUAAUCGCCAUCUACGCUAAUUCGCGCAAAAUUUAAAAGAUUUAUUAAUCGUAUAAAUUAUAGAUUUUUAUGUAAAUAAUGACAUAUUAAUUUCUUAUAUAUAUUUCAAUAUGUACAAUUGUUGGAUAUAUAAAGUAUAUAUUUCACGAACCGAUCGUACUUCCAGUUACGUUAGUCUGUGUAUUUUUCAUAUUCAUUAAAAAAUGAUGUACUAAAUGACAAAAGUACAAUUUCCGUUGUAUACAGAUAUAUAGAUCACAAACUAAUUUAUGAUAUAUUUUAUUCCUCUCUGUCCUUAGUUUUUCAUAGAAUUGACAAUAACAGAACAAUUUUUAGGUUAUGAGUGAUUAAAUAAGUCAUUAUUUAAACGUUUUUUUAAUUACUUAACUGCAUUAUUAUAUAGUAUUGCCUUUUUCUUACAAGUUUAUCAAUUCAAAAAAGGAAAUGUAUCCGAAAAGAAUUGUUAAAAAAAUACCAGGGGAUAUACCACCACCAACAAAAAAAGAGAAUCAAGGACAUAUUGACGAUUUAGCCAAUAAACCAAAGAUAGAAUUAGAAGAACUUCUAGAUAGACAAAAUAAAAUACUAGCAAAUAGAAAAUUCAUUUCAAUGCUUCCCGAUAAAGGGGAAAAGAUUAUAGCAUUUCGAGAUAAAUUAUUAAACAUACUCAAUAAUCAAAAAGAAAUAGAUAAAGCAGCUGUACUUCUUUCAAGACUGAAUAUAGCAUCUGAAGGAAAAGCAGCAAUGAAUGAAUUAGAAUGGACAGGUUCUUAUUCAGAGCAAAUUCAUAAAAAUAAAAUCAUUGAAUUGGAUAGUGAUGAUGAAGAAGAUCCAUUAAAGAUUUUAGCGCAACCUACAGGAACUGGUGUACAUAAAAAAAAAAUUAUACAUUUACAACCAGUGGAAUCAUUAAUAAAGCCAGAAGACAUAGAAGAAAUUCAAUCUUUUAAAAAUGAAACAUCUCCAGAACCAAUACAUGUAAAAUAUGUUAUUGAUAAAGUUGAAAAAUCUCAGGAAAAAAAUCUACUAAAAAGGGAACCGUUUAAACCAUAUAAAACUAGUAAGAGUAAUGUUCAUGAUCCAGAGAAAGAGAAAGAAAGAAAAUAUACAAAAUAUUGGGAAAUUACUGCUGCUACUCCACCUCAUAUAGUACAUGGUGCUAUAAAGCCUUUAAGUUUGAAUGAAUCUUUACAAUUGCAAAGAGAACAUGUUAAAAAGUUACAGGAAAUGCAAGCAAAACAUGCAGCAGAACGAUUAGCGCAACAAUUAGGUUUGCAUAAUGUCGGUUAUAUACCAGAAAAUGUAGGCGAUUAUCGUAUACAUAAAGCUAUAAAGGACGAUAGUUCGUCUAGUUCUGAAAGUGAAGAAGAUGAAGUACAUGACGAUGAAGAUAAUGAUAAAGGAGGGACUAUCGUUUAUACAAUAGAUUCUAUUAAAAGUUAAACACAGAAUCAAUUAAAAAUUAUAGAAACGGAAACUAUAAGUUUAACGUUCCUAAAACAAGUUGAAAUAUAAUUGUACAGUUUGUUUCAUUUUGUAAAUAAAUACUGUGAAAAAUAUUGUAUAUAU